AUGUCGUCCUCCGACGGGUCUCCGGAUACCUGGAUUGCAGCUUACUGCUCACUGAUGGGCCACGAGUUUUUUGCAGAAGUCUCGGAAGAUUUCAUUGAGGAUGACUUUAAUUUGACUGGUUUGCAGUCCCAGGUGCCCUGGUACAAAGAGGCGCUGGAAUUGAUAUUAGACGUGGAGCCUGAGGAUGAGGAGGAUGACGAGGAGGAUGAGGAUGACGAUGAGGACGAAGACGCCGUUUUAGGAGAUGAUAGGCCCCCAGGUUAUCGGAAGGCGGGCGACCGAAGACAUUCGCGUGUUGCUAGUGAUCUGAGUGUUAUUGAGAGCUCUGCUGAGCUGCUCUAUGGAUUGAUACACCAGCGAUAUAUUACCUCGAGGCCUGGUAUCCAACAAAUGCUAGAAAAGUACGAGCUGCAACAUUUUGGUGUAUGUCCUCGUGUUUACUGCAAUGGGUGCAAGGUCCUCCCCGUCGGUGUUACCGACACGCCGGGAGUCGACACCGUAAAGCUCUUUUGUCCAAGUUGCCAGGAUAUAUACACUCCACCAAACAGCAGAUUCCAGCACGUUGAUGGUGCAUUUUUCGGCACAACUUUCGGCUGUCUCUUUUUCAUGACAUUCCCCGAACUCGAUGUCGCCGCUCAAAACGAAAGUACCACGUCUCCAACCAGCAAUUCGACUACAACUAUGGCCACAAACUCACGGCAUCCCUCCAUCGCAUCCCCGACGCCAACAUCGUCAAUCUCCCAACCGCCCCCAACGCAACCAACCCAGAUCAAUGGCAUCAUGACAUCGAACCUUGCACCAGGUCUCGGUUCAGGCAAAAUAUACGAACCUCGCAUUUAUGGCUUCAGAGUGUCCGAGCGUGCUAAGUCGGGACCGCGUAUGAAGUGGCUGCGGAUGAAACCAGAUAAUAUCAAUGAACUCGAUGAGACCGCUGUCUACCACCUCACUCAUCUGGAGGGAGGCGGGGAUGAUGAUGGAGAUCUGGAUAUGGAAGUCGCGGAAUCGCAGCAACAGGCUGCUAUCAACAGGCGAAAGAAGGCCCCAAUAUGGAGACGGAGACAACAUAACCCUGAUCUAACGAAUACUAACGGUAUGGGACAAGGUGGAUGA